CCUGCACUCGGACGACUUUAGGACCCAGUGAGACACACAUGGUGGUGCUGCUGCAAAAUAUUUAAUAUGACCACAGAACCUGUUAGCUCACUUUCACACUUCCUCUAAAGAGUUCACAUGUUCCCUCACAAUAGUUCCUUGAUGUGACAGUUGCAACAGAGAAGUGCUUUGUGAAGCAGCGACAGAACUGCUCCAGCACCAGAGUCAACGCCUUCAGACAUCUAACCCCCGCUGACCUCUGUGUCCUGACAUGCCGGUGAGGGGUGUCCCAUCCCAGGUAUUGUACAGCCACCCAUGGAGCAGCAGCAGGCCUGGAUACUGAGGAACCUCCUGGCCCAGUUGGAGAAGCAGCUGGAGGCUUUAGACGAGGACGAGCGGAGCAGCAUUACAGAGGAGUUUACGAGGUUGAAAAACCAGUCAACUCAGUACCGAAAUGACAAGACCUACCCCACCAAGUCUGCACAAAAACCCGACAACUUCAAGAAGAAUCGCUAUAAAGACAUUGUUCCCUUUGACCACAGCAGAGUAAAACUCACUUUCACCACUUCUAAAAAUGACACUGAUUACAUCAACGCCAGCUUCAUCAAGGGAGUUUCAGGUUCCAGGGCCUAUAUUGCAACUCAGGGUCCUCUACCCCACACAGUACUGGACUUCUUAAGGAUGCUUUGGGAGUAUGAAGUUGAGGUCGUUGUGAUGGCCUGUCGGAGUUUUGAGAUGGGAAAGAAAAAAUGUGAGCGCUAUUGGCCACAGGGGGAGGAGGAGUCGUUUGUCUGUAAGCCUUUUAUAGUUUAUUGUGAUUCAGAGGAAAAUAAAGGAGACUAUGUGACGAGGAUGUUAAGAGUGACUUAUCACAACUGCAGCCGGACUAUGAAACAGCUGCACUAUGUCAACUGGCCUGAUCAUGGUGUGCCAGACUCCAUCCCUCCCAUUCUGGUCAUGCUGCAGGAGAUGCGUUCCUAUCAGAGCCACGACCACAUACCAAUCUGUAUCCAUUGCAGUGCUGGUUGUGGUCGGACAGGAGCUCUGUGCGUCAUUGAUUACACGUGGAACCUCCUGAAGAAACAGAUGAUUCCAGCAGAUUUCAGCAUCUUUGACUUAGUUCUAAACAUGAGAACCCAGAGGCCCUCGUUGGUUCAAACCAAGGAACAAUAUGACCUGGUCUACAGAACCAUCAAGUUACUCUUCGAGAGGUAUUUGGAGUCGAUGGAAGAACAGAGCAGCAAAGAUGAGAUGGCGAUGGUGUCGUCGGUUAAAACAGCUGAUGAAGCGGACGUGUACCUGUCUGAGCUGUGUGAUGAGGCAGAUUUGGAACCGGAAUUCCAGCACCUUCCUGACACAAAGAGUGUUUCCUGCAGACACCUUUACCUCCACUUCAGAAAAUCUUGCUUCCUCAAGCAACGAGGACAAGCAGACAGAAAACCAACACUGGCAACUUCUCCAGACCCUUCCUGACUCUCCGACCAGUACCCCGGACCUGCAGCAGGGGCCUUGUGACCCUGAGGUCACUGGAGCCUCAGUGCACACAAAGCAAAGAGCAUCAACAUUAGAGGAGGAGGCUCAGGAGAAUGAAAACACACCAUCACUAAAACCUGCACAGGACGU